AUGCCUAUUAGCGACACUUUCGCUGCAUUCUUCAAAGGUUGGCUCGAACAUCAACAAGCCUUCCUCGACCAACUUGUUGACACAGCCGAGCACGAAGACAAGAACAGCAGCCAACUAAUUGAACAGGUACUCUCGCAUUACGCGGAGUACUAUGAGAUGAAAGCUCAAGUCAUCUGGCAAGAUGUGUUCGUUGCCUUCUCACCACCAUGGUUAACUCCCAUUGAGAAAACCUUCCUUUGGGUGGGAGGGUUUAAGCCCUCGCUUACCUUUUGCCUUGCGGAGGUUUCUAAUAAUUCCGACAUGAUAUUAGAGCAGGUUGAGAAGUUGGCAAGUUUAAAAGCCGAAACUAUAUGGGCAGAGAAGAAUUUGGUGGAUGCAUUGGCCUCUGUACAAGAGAGCAUGGGAUCUCCACCACUUAUAAGCCUUGUUAAGCAAUAUGGAAGGUUAGUGGACGGGGAGGUGUCGGAGUUCGCUGAUGUGAUCGAUAAAUGGAAGGAGUCGAUGUCGAGGGUGCUUGAAAGUGCGGAUAAUCUCCGUAGGAAUACCGUGAUUAAGGUAAUAGAAAUCCUUAAUGUGAAGCAAGGCUUGAAGUUCCUAGCUGUUGUUGCCAAGUACUAUCUUGGAAUAAGAGCCUGGGGACUUCAAAAUGAUGUCCAAAAAGAUCCAUAA